AUGGGUAAAUGGCUUGAGAAAAUCAUAGCAGAAAGAAUAGAAAAUUGCUGCCUCGAAAAUGGGAUAAAUCUCGAUGAACAAUCAGGGUUUACCGCUAAUCGCAGGCUACAAACUAGAAUACUCUCUUUGAUUGAAGAUAUACGACUAACAGUGGCGGCACCAAAUCAUCCGGUGUUAGCAAUCUUCAUCGAUUUUCUUACGGCAUUUGACCGUCUAUGGUAUCCAGCACUCUUCAAAACUUUUAAUGAUCUUGAAAUGCCUCUUGAUUUACGUCGAUGGAUCUAUGGUUGGUUGCAAAACCGAUCGAUGACGAUCAGUCACGGAGAUGCGGAGUCCAGGGUUAUUAGAAUCUUUCUAGGUACACCACAGGGAUCUGUUCUUGCAGCUUUAUUAUUUCGAAUACACAUACACUUCUUGCCUGGGUAUUUCGCUCAGACUGUGUCUCAUUUAUUCGCGGAUGAGUUAACUAUAGUUAUUAAAGGAGCACUCGAAAAAAGGCUAUCUGAUAAUAUAAAAUAUAUAGAAAAACAGGCAGAAGAGAUUUUAAAAUCAGUUGAAAAUUUUUCAGAUGACUACAUUUUACCUGUGAACGUCUCUAAGACAAAGGCCAUGUUAAUUCAUAGUGCAGUAGCAACAGAGAAACCAAAAAUAGAAUAUAAAAAUACAUCAAUUGAAUAUGUAAAAUCAUUUAAAAAUUUGGGAAUUGAGAUUGGGACAAAACUGGGUUAG